GUGCAGCUUCCUUGUUCAAACCCCGAGAAAUGGCAACGAGUCCAAUCCCCAUUACCUCAUUCUUGCAUGGUGCUUAGGGAAUCAAAUCGAUCUUAUUUCACAUGAUAGAAUGGCUUCCAAGACAAGUCCAACCUUCCUUCCAUCUUCAUCAAUUGUUCCUCAGCUACUAAGGCGUGGAAAAGAGAGGAGAAUUAUUGCGGGUUAUGGUUGUUGGAUCUGACAUAACCGAGGCCUUGUGAUAUCAAGGGUGAUCGAUCACUCGCCGGUGACUUCGCUGGCCUUCCGACAUGGGCACCGUCUCCGGCCUUUUGCUCGUGUUCAUGAUCCUUACAGGUCAUCUUCGUCUUGGUUCCUGCGACACCGAUCCCCAGGAUGCUGCCGCUCUGCGAUCCAUGCUGAGUGAGUGGAAGAAUGCUCCACCAACGUGGGGGCAGUCGAGUGAUCCCUGUGGUUCGCCAUGGGAAGGAGUUUUCUGCGACGCCUCCAGGGUGACCUCACUGAGACUGUCCACGAUGGGAAUCAAAGGUACAUUAAGCAGCGACAUAAGCCAACUCACGGAGUUGCAAUCCUUGGAUCUGUCGUACAACGGAGAUCUCGGUGGGCUACUCACUCCAAAUAUUGGGAACCUGAAGAAGCUCACCACUUUGAUCUUGGCUGGCUGUAGCUUCAAUGGCAAAAUCCCAGAGGAAUUAGGCAACUUGAAACUGCUCUCCUUCUUGGCUCUGAAUUCAAACAAGUUCAACGGCAGGAUUCCAGCUUCACUGGGUCUCCUCUCUAAUCUGUAUUGGCUAGAUCUGGCAGACAACCAGUUGAUUGGAUCUCUCCCUAUCUCGGUCAACGCGACACCGGGCCUGGACCGGCUCCUCAACACCAAGCACUUUCACUUCAACAAGAACCAGUUAUCAGGAGAAAUUCCAGAACAACUCUUCAGCUCCGAGAUGACACUGAUACACAUACUCUUCGACUCGAAUAAAUUUACUGGUCCGAUUCCAUCCUCGGUACAACUGGUGAAAACGCUCGAGGUUCUUCGGCUUGACAAUAAUGCUUUGGGAGGUCCUGUUCCAUCCGACAUUAACAAUCUCACAAGCAUCAAUGAACUGAACUUGGCAAACAAUCAAUUAACUGGAUCGCUGCCGAAUCUGACAGGAAUGAACAACCUCAAUUAUGUUGACUUGAGCAACAACUCCUUCAGUCCUUCAGAAGCUCCGGGGUGGUUCACCACAAUAGAAUCUCUCACCACCUUAGUCAUAGAAUCUGGAGGGCUUUUUGGCCAAAUUCCGCAAGGUUUAUUCAGCUUGCCUCAAUUGCAGCAAGUGUUGCUUGAUAAUAAUAGAUUCAAUGGUACACUGAACAUGGGCAGCAUCAUCAGUCCACAACUACAGCUAGUAAAUUUCAGGAACAAUUCCAUCGAUGAGGUCGUGCUAACAUCCAGUUUCACCAAAACUCUAAUACUGUAUGGAAAUCCUCUGUGUAGUUCUUCCGCCGAAAACACCAAAAGCUAUUGCCUCCUGCAGCAACAAGCAGAAACGCCGUACUCCACCAGUUUAGCCAAUUGCGGUGGUUCUACAUCAUGCUCCUCGGAGCAGAAACUUAACCCUCGGAGCUGUUCCUGUGCCUAUCCAUAUCAAGGAUUGAUGGUUUUCAGAGCACCCUCCUUCCGAGAUCUGACGAAUGCCACCUUGUUCCAAGAGCUGGAGACGAGUCUGCGGACUAAACUUGGACUUGCUCCAAGUUCCGUAUACAUUUCCGACCUCUUCCUCAACAGUGAUAACUACAUUCAACUCAACCUGGCGCUGUUCCCUUCGAGUGGAAUGUACUUCAACCGGUCAGAGAUCCAAAGAAUUGGGUUUUAUCUGAGCAACCAAACCUACAAACCUCCUGACAUUUUUGGACCAUAUUAUUUCCUAGCAUUCCCGUACACCUUCUCAGGUGGGAAGAGUGGAAAGACGACAAUAAGUACAGGCGCUAUUGCUGGAAUAGCUGCCGGCUGCAUCAUACUUGUUAUUGGACUUGUUUGUGUUGGGAUCUAUGCCUAUCUACAAAAGCAAAAGGCUAAAAGAGCUAUUGAACAGAGCAGGCCUUUCGCUUCAUGGGGAGCCGGUGGUAAAGACGAUGGUAGCGCACCGGAACUCAAAGGAGCAAGAUGGUUUCCUUUCGACGAGAUCAAGAAAUGCACCAACAAUUUCUCAGACGCCAAUGAAAUCGGUUCUGGGGGCUAUGGAAAGGUCUACAGAGGAAUUCUUUCGAGUGGGCAGAUGGUUGCAAUCAAGAGGGCGCAGCAAGGAUCCAUGCAAGGAGCGCUAGAAUUCAAGACAGAGAUCGAACUGCUCUCUAGGGUUCACCACAAAAAUCUGGUAGACCUUGUAGGUUUUUGUUUCGAACAAGGGGAACAGAUGCUGGUAUACGAAUACAUUCCCAAUGGAACAUUAAGGGAGAACUUGACAGGGAGAAGUGGCAGACAGUUGGAUUGGAAGAAGAGACUACGAAUCGCACUGGGCUCAGCCAGAGGAUUAGCUUAUCUUCAUGAGUUAGCUGAUCCACCCAUAAUUCACAGAGAUGUCAAGUCCACCAAUAUCCUUGUGGAUGAAAGUUUGAAUGCAAAGGUUGCAGAUUUUGGCCUGUCAAAACUAGUAUCGGACACCGGAAAGGGACAUGUUUCCACCCAAGUUAAAGGAACGUUGGGUUACCUGGAUCCAGAGUACUACAUGACUCAGCAGCUGUCGGAGAAGAGUGAUGUGUACAGCUUUGGGGUGGUCAUGCUUGAGCUGAUCACAGCCAGGCAACCAAUAGAGAAGGGCAAAUACAUCGUCCGCGAAAUUAGGAAUGCGGUCGACAACUACGACGAAGAGUACUACGGCCUCAGGGAGAUGAUGGAUCCUGUUAUACGAGACGUGGGAAACCUCACAGGGCUUCGGAGGUUUGUUCGGUUGGCGAUACGUUGCGUGGAGGAAUCAGCUGCCGACCGGCCGACGAUGAAUGAGGUGGUGAAGGAAAUCGAGACAAUACUGCAGAGUAAUGGAUUGAACACGCAGCCGAGCUCCGCAUCCUCGUCGGCCACAGAAUUUGGGAAAGCGAUGGGAGCUCCUCGUCAUCCCUAUCAUGAUAACAUGAAAAGUAGAAACGAGGAGAGCAGCAGCGCGUUUGAGUACAGCGGGGCGUACUCGGCGAGGAUUGAACCCAAGUAGUGGGAAUUUGGCAUUCUUUUGUUUUGGUUUCGUCAUACAUUUUGUGCAUUAAUUUGUUGGGUACAAGCGCGCGAAACCAGGCAGUGCAGUGCUGUAUGUAUGUAUGUAUGUAACUUCAAUUCAGGAGGACCAAAAUUUCACAAUAAUACUUGAUUGAUUUGCAUUCAGAA